AUGCCGCUGUGCCGUCCUUCGACCCAGGAAGUGUGGGAUCAGGUCCGGGCUCGCUUUGAUAAUAGCCUCACUGCUACUGAUACGCCAACAACGUGGAACGAGGCAUGCUUCCUCCGUGAGUUUCAACAAGGGAAGAACAUCAUCGAUGCUGCUGCUCAAAUCGCACCACGGCUCGAAAUAUUGGCUCUCAGCUCACUCAGCAACGCUAUGAGUAACAGCAAACAUACUUGGGUCUGGGGCUUCGACAGCAAGGCUCAAUCCGUGAAGUAUCUGACUUCGAAAGCGGGAGAGGGGGCAGAUGGAACCAUUAUAUUUCGCUCCAUCAUCCCAUCCGACACCGAUGAAUCAAGUAUCAAAGAAACAUACACUGAGAGCCCCACCUGCCACCUCCCGCCAUGUGUCAAUCCACCAACAGCUACGGGACCAUUCGUCGAAGCGCUAGUUCUCAGGGCGCCUCCAAGGACGACUAUGCAUGGAACGUCUGGCCCAAUGCAGUUCAACAAAUAUAUCAAACUGUGGAGUCAGCUUCAGGGGGUCAAGACCGCCGUACAAGCCUUGACCAGCAACGAAGCAGUCAGUCUGUGGCCCGAUGGUUUCGGGAUUGAGCUCGCCAAAACUGCAUGUUAUAUCCGCGAGUCCGGGUGGGAUGGUGCGAAGGUGCCAUUUCUUCCAGAGCAGGCAGGUGUGGACCUGAAUGCGUUAACAGACGUCGCUUCGUACAUCAAGAGUGUCGAUUGGAGUUCAGUGCUGAACAGGUGA